UUUAAGAAAACAUUGAGUGAAUGGAGUGUAAUUUGUAUACAUCAGAUAGUUACAUAUUACAGAAUUUCAUGUUAAUAUAAUCAGAUAAUAGUCUCUCAGUAAUUCAGGCCACUGUAUGCAGAUUAUAUUAUUACUAAGCAUAACCAAAAACACCAUCACAUUUUCUUUUAGCCAAACAAAGGUGUCUUAAAUUCAGUUUAUGCUUAUACGUGCCCACGCCGUAGCCUGACGUGCACCUCUCCAAGUAUGUAACAACGCGGACCUUAUGUAGACUGCAAGCGCUGGGAUUAGUCCGUUUGAACCCCUACCUCAUGUCAAAAAACUUUGCGAUAGAGUCAUGUUUACUCAAACGCAUUUCCAAAUGAAUUAUCUAACUAAAAUAUUUGAGCUUAUGUAUUAACUCUUUCCCAGGCAGCCUUUUAAAAAAAAGUUGCCAGCCUGCAGCAGUGUUUUUUAACAUUUUCACCAAUGGCCAUUUUUAAUGGCUCACAGUACAUUUUCUGUAAAGAAUAUAUGGACAAACAAUAUGUUCAAUGAAAGAACAGAGUCUCUGCUAUUACACAAAAGAAACCGUAUUCUUCUAUCUUCAUAUUUUCUUUUUUUAUCACUCCUUAGAUGGGGGAAGGUUUCUUCAAAAAUGCAUCACUUUGAUUAAACAGCUGAGAUAAUUAAAGUUUUUUGUAAAAGAUUCCGCCCAUAUUACACUCAGAGCUAUAAUUUAAAACCUAUAAGAAAUAUACAUUCUUGGUUCUGGGAUUCUGUACUUUUUUCCAAAGGUGUGUAACAGCACCACCAGCUUUACAACAGUACAAACACUGACUGCCGAAAAAACUCGUCUCUGGCAGGGAACCUUUUUUUUUAUGUCGAGAUAACUCGUCAAUGGCGGUGAAAGAGUUAAACAUCUCAAAUCAGCAACACAAGUGACUGUUUACUUGCCGCUUUCACUGCUAAUGCAUCACAAAUGAGCUGCUCCUCUUCGGCUCUUGUCUUGGUUACACAAGCAACACAAAUGUUGCUAAAUGAAUAGGCUGAUUUUCGAACUGUUUCGGUGUUGACAUUACCUUGGACAGGAAAUCUGGGUUUGGCCAGAACACGGCCUGACUGUCCUCUGGCCCAGAUCUGAGACAAUGUGGGCUCACUGACAAUGCAUGUAGCUCACCAACUCUUCUGGUUGAUGUUAUUGCCAAAUGAAGGCAGGUGUCUUCAUAGAAAGGCUCCUAAUUUCAGCUUGAUCCAAUGGUUCAUCGGGGACUAAGCGUAGACAAUCCAGCACCACUCGUAAGUCCCACUGGGUACAGGUUAGCCAUGCUGGGGGCUUAAGACGCCUAGCCCCUUUAAGAUAAACGAGCACUCACCUAUCUGCACCCACUGACCCUUGGCCCAUAGGAUCCCGAUAGGCUGACAGGGCUGACGUGAACACUCUAAGGGUAGCUGGAGAGCGACCUGCAUGCAAUAAAUGCUGCAAAAAAUGUAGUAUCCCACUAACAGGACAAUGCACCAGACUGAUAGCCUGCUUCUCACACCAGGAAACGAAUAGGUUCCACUUGCUAGCAUAGGUGUAACGUGUUGGAGCGGCACUAGCACUUAAGACAGUGUUCCUAACACCGAUUGAACAUUGAGAGAGCGUCCUCUCAACCCCAGGGGCUAAGCGAGGCCAUAGUGCCCUACCCAUCUGCGACAGCAAAUCCCAGCGAAGAGGGAGUGGCUGAGGUGGGCCGGUCGUCAGAGUCGACAGAAGACUGAACCAAGGCAUCCCCGGGCCAGCAGAGGCCCACUAGGAUUAGCCUGCACCGUGUCUCCUGUACUCGCCUGAACACUGACCAAAGGAGUGGGGUAGGGGGAAGGGGGUAGAGAAGGACAAAUCGGUGGGACAGAGCAUCCUGGCCUAGUGAGCACUGCUCUUUUUGCGCCGAGAACCCCAGCCAGCAAUGUUUCAACACCCUGCUGGCAAUGAGAUAUACGGCAGCUGUCCCAUAGCUUUCCCAUAGUGAACCCACAACUCCCUCGUGUAAACGCCACUCCCCGAGCCUCAACACUGAGCGGGAGAGUGAAUUGUUGCAAUGUCCGGGAAAAUGUGCUGCCCUGACUGACAGGAAAUGCUUGCUCUCCCAUGUCAGGAGCAGCUCUAUCACUCUGAGACUAGGUUGCAACCUCGUGCCUCCCUGGUGGUUUGUUAGGAAUACCACUGUGGUAUUGUCCGUCUUCAAUAGGAUAUCAGGCCCUACAAGUUUGUGCGCAAAAUGUUUCAGAGUUAAAAAGACUGCCCAAAGCUCCAGAAUAUCGCUAUGCAACUCCCGGAGGGGGUUCCUUGGGUUCCAGUUGCCCUGUAAACCACGAUGUUGCCAAAGUCCUCCCCACCCACUGAGGGAAGCAUCUGUGGUUAUCACCUCCCUGCGUGCUGGGGGUGGCCCAAUCGGAACACCUCUCUGAAGGAACGUCUUGUUUACUUAUGUAACCUCAGUUCCCUUUCUGUCGGCCCCUCGACGUUGUGUCGAGAACGACAGAUGGGUUUCGCCCUUGAGAACCAAUCAACUCUGACUACUAUAGAGAAGGCCAAUGAAAUUUGGCGAUUGAAAUUUGCAUGCCGGGCUCCGCCCCCGGAUAUCCGGUAUAAAAGGAAGCCAGCGUGCAGCAUUCAUUUACCUCUUGUUCUGAAGAGCCUGAGAGCCUCUCACGACUGCAGCAGAAAACAAUACGUGUUCGUGGCAUAAGGGACACAACGUCUCGUUCCCUCCAUCAGGGAACUGAGGUUACAUACCUAACCAAGACGUUCCCUUUCUGUCGCUCUCUCGACAUUGUGUCGAGAACGACAGAUGGGGUUGCUUAUGGGAAAUGGCACAACGCUGUAUCGCGUCACAAUCUCUAGCGAAGCGAUGGUAACAAGCCUGGGCGUGUCAGCUCGAUGCUUUCGCGAAACUGUAACCUUCCAGUGUGGUGGUCGGGGGUUCCAGAGCUUUCUUGGAGAAAGAUGGGUACAGCCCUGACCGAUAACCUUUCACGGACGGGGUCUUAGCUCUCUACUGGCGAGAGGCCGUCCGGCUCGGGUUUACACCGAGUAAGCACCACUUCCUUAAUCAGGAAUGCGCUGCAGUGGCCACCUCCUACCCGCGGGGAGGAAUAUGGUGGAUAUAGGUAUGGUCUCGUCCUUGAAGGAGAACGCAUGAAACGUGCGAACUGAGGAGUUAACCGUGAGAUGGAGGGCCACCUGGGGAAGCUCAUGGGCUACCAGGAGUGGGAACCAUUCUCAUGAGGAUACAUCAGAUGGAUCAGCCCACGGAGGGGGUGUUACAGACGUCUGGUAGCACUAGGUCCGGUUAGAGUUAUCUGUGAUAGCUCACAUGGUAUCCCGGCCUAAGGGGGAAGGCUGCUCUGCCCAGCCAGCCCCCAGGGGGUGCUUGUUUGGUGAUGGAUGGAAUGCCUAUUCUUAACCAGAGUCUGGGUAAGAAGGGAGGUUGGUGAGGUACCAGUUUCUUAGCCAUGUGUUUGGGUAAGAAGAAAAGGUAGAUAGCACACUGACCUAACCUGUUAGAGGGUGGAAAGGUGCUUUCGCAGGCAUACACCCCCCCGAAUGCCAGUCCUAAAUGUCGCCACGCAGGACGUGGGCUGACACCGGGUUUACGCGAAGGUUGUUAACCCAUGCGAAGGUGUUUGGGCGUAGCCCAACCCGCAGCUCUACAGAUGUCUGCUAGAGAGGCGCUUCUGCCAGUUUCCAGGAGGUGGCUAAACUCCGUGUGGAGUGAGCCCUCACUACCAAUGGGCAUGGGAGAUCCUGAGAUCGGAAUGUCGUCGUUACGGCGUCCACGACCCAGUGCGACAGCCUCUGUUUGGAGACAGCCUUCCCCUUCUGCUGUCCUCCAACAGACACGGAGCUGGUCAGAGCUUCAGAGCUCUGCGUGCGGUCCAGCAUGUACUGGACACAACACUGAUCGGGUUGGGUCUUCCUCCCCUAUGGGGAGCGCCUGCAAGUUCACCACUUGGCCCCCGGAGGGAGUAGUAGGAACUUGUUGGGCACGCAUCCGGGCCUGGGUCUCGGAUCCAGGAACACGGAGGAUGCUCGGUGGUCCCCUACCCUCUUGAAGGAAGUGAGCGCCGUGUAAGAGGCGUGUAAUGUCCUAGUAGAUGGGGCCUAGCCUGGGUGAUGGUCUCUGAAAUAGAAGGGGAAUAGCCAUCUCAGGAUCUUCUCGUCCCGUCUAGAGACCAGACAUGGGUGUUCCAGAGGUCUGAUCUGGAAUGCCAGAACUUGUCCCUCCCCUGAUAGAGCAGGUCCUCUGUCAGGGGAAUGGUUCAGGGGGAGUCGCUGUCCAGAGCAUCAGCUCUGAAGCCAAGUGUGGUUAGACCGGUGUGGUGUAACCAAUAACACUUGGUGCUCCUGCUCCCUGACCUUGCACAGUGUCUGUGCAAGGAGGCUCCUGGGGGGGGGGGAGGUGUGCUUCCGCCCAUCCCGUGGUCAGCUGUGCGCAAGGAUAUCCGUGCCAAAGGCAGGGAAUAUCAAGCGGGCAAAUGGUGGUGUUACGGGAGGCGAACAGGUUUACCUGGGCCUACCUGAACAGCCUCCAAAUGAGCUGGACUGCACAGGGAUGGAGUCUGCACUUUCCACGAGGCAUAAACUGGCGAGAAAGCACGGCGGCCCUCUAGUUCAGUUUGCCCGGGGUGUGUGUGGCCCGCAGGGAACGGGUCACCUGUUGACUCCACAGGAGGAGGCGUCGAGCAAGUUGUGUUAGCUGCUGUUAGCGAAUGCCACCCUGACGAUCUGUGUACGCCGCCACCUUAGUCGCCCAUAGAGCGCUGUCAGUGGCGGCACGGAGAUCCUGCAUUAUACCUGGGUCGGCCUUACCCCCGUGGAGCUCUCUCAACGCCCUGGCCUGGCGGACCUGCAGGAUGGCCAUGGCACCAGUGAUGCUUUGGACGGUAGGCGUGGCUGAUUCCCCCCAGGUGGCAGCUGCCUGCGGCACAGGUGUACCGUAGGCGCACUUUUCAGCCGGGGGAUCUCGAUGUAGACUUUGGCUGCCCCACCAACGAGGGAAGUAAGGGAGCCGGAGCUGGUUUCUCUGGAGCGGGCCGUCAACGGAGCGCUCAAAGUUUUACACAGCUCCUCAUGCACCUCUGGGAAAAAAAUGGCAAGCGGGGUGGAGAGCCAACCUCAGGAACAGUGUUGGGCUCCAGCAGUCUGCGUGCCUGUACUUGGCACUGAUGAGUCACGUGAUAGCGGACUACAGAACACAACUGGGCAAGAGAGGAGCUAUAUGUGCAAAACUAGCAAGAAUGACAACAUUUAAUGAUCCCCAAAUGCACAGAAGCAUGGAUGAUCAUCCUAGGAUUGCGACACGUCAUGAUGCUUUACUCAUAAGUAAAGGUCCUCCAGUACUUUACCAUCUGAACACAGAGAGAAAAUACAUUGAUGGGACUGAUGAAAAGGUCAGAUGGUGGACAUAUGGACGAAGAGACAGAAACAAGCAAAACAAAGUCAUACUGAUGGUGGGAGAAACCGCCGCUGAGAAAACAACCAUGAUCAACACCAUGAUCAACUAUUUACUGGGAGUGAAGUUUGAGGAUGAAGAGUUUUACCAAAUCACAGAUGAAGAAGAAAAACAUGAAGAUCAAACACAAUCCCAAACAUCUGACAUCACUGUUUAUGAGGUGUUUGUUAAAGAGAACCCAACAGCUCUGACCAUCAUUGACAUUCCAGGAUACGGAGACACUGAAGGAUACGAGAAAGACAUAAAGAUGACUCAUUAUCUGUUCAAAUUGUUAUUUGAUGAGAAAGGGAUUCAUUAUAUUGAUGCAGUGUGUUUUGUGAUGAAGGCGUCACAGAAUCGUCUCUCUGGAAAAGAGCUUUACAUAUUCCACUCAACUCUGUCUCUGUUUGGUAAAGAUAUAGAGAACAACAUCGUGUUUCUACUCACACAGGCAGCUGGAGGACCUCCAACAGACGCUCUUAAUGCCAUUAAAACAGCAGAUAUACCCUGUAGAAGAGAUGAAGGCAAUGAACCUGUGCACUUCUUAUUCAAUAACCAGCAGAAAGCGAAAAGAGAGAAGCGGUAUGAGCGAGGUUUGAAAGUGUCCUGGGAAAAGGAAGAUAAAAGCAUGACUGAGUUCUUCACAUUCCUGGAAGAACAGAACAGAAAAAGUGUUCCGAUGACAUUAGAAGUUCUGAAAGAGCGAGGGCGACUUGAGGCCUGUUUCUCUAGUCUGGUGGAUCGAAUCUCUGAGAAGGAGGAAAAAACUGAAGAACGGAAACAGAUCCAGGAAGCUCUCAGACUGAACAGAGACAAGAUUGAGAAAUGUGAAAACUUUAAAUUUACAGUCCACAAAGAUGAAAAAAAACAAGUCUUAACUAAAAAUGUUAAUGUGAAAUAUUUAAUUUGCAACGACAAGGCCACCUGCUGCUCUGUCUGUAAAGAAACCUGUCAUGAUGAACAGGCCUGCUGGUGGGCACCAGAUCCCUCAAAAUGUGAAAUCAUGAUAGAUGGACACUGCACUGUGUGUACAGGGAAGUGUCAUCAGGAUAAACAUGUCAAAGAGAACAAGAAAUAUGUGACAGUCAAAAGUGAAGUCACGAUGACAUUUGAUGAGCUCAAACAGGAGUAUGAAAACACUGAUGAAAAGACUGUAACUGACUUUGAUAAAAAUAAAUAUGAAAACACAAAAAAGACACAUGAAAGUGAUGUGAAAGAGUCUGAGAAUAUAACAGCAAUAGAAAGAAAACUUGUCAAUGAUCUAGAGAAGAUUCAAAAUGAAAAGUCCAAACUGCUGGAUGAAGCUUAUGUGGCCAUCAUGAGUCUGAGUAAGAUUGCAUUAAAAGCAGACAGCGCUUUCACUCUUCAACAUCUGGACUUCUUGAUUCCCAGACUGAAGGAGGAGGGAAAAGAGGAAUGGGUAAAAGACCUGGAAGAUCUGAAGAAAACUGGAGAAGAGAAGAAGAACAAGGGAGCUGUUCAGUAUCUUAUGGCUUUUGGACAACAAAAUUGGAACGCAUUACUUCAAAAGUGAAUAAAAUGGAAAAAAGAAACAAGAAAACCAGGGCAUCUUCCGAUCAUUAGUUUUUUAAUUUCUUAUUGAAAUCAGAAAGAAUUCUUCACAAAACAAAAAAGGAUUUAGCUAGAUAUAUCAUUUUUAUAUUCACGGGUGGAAAAUAAAGAAACGGCUUAAAUAUUAGAAACAUGAUGCAGGCAGGAAUUAAAGUCAUCUUUCCGUCCCCUUGUAAACUAAUCCUUACCGCUGCUUCAGAUUCCUGAUGUAAUUAUUGCAACUACUGAACAUUUACUGUCUUUCUCAUCACACAGCCAGACUAAUGAAUGACUCGACACAAGCGGAAUUCACUGAGGCAGAGUCUAGACACAGAUUUAUUCUGUUUAGGCCUAAAUUGAGCCACCUACAUGUGACAUAUUAGUUUAUGUCAUAAGAUGAUAUUCAAUUUUCAAAAAUGUAUAUGAUGUGAAUAUGCAAACAGAAUUCAAAAAACAAAAGUGGUGUCACAAAAAUUGAAUGCAAUACGAAACAGUAAUCUGGAGAUAAGAUCUCAAAGUAAACAUAGUCAAUGUCUUUGUGUAUCAAAAAUAGUUGUGUAGUGGAUCAACGUAUUAAUAGUUAGUAACGUGUAUGUAAACAUAGUCAAUGUCUUUGUGUAUCAAAAAUAGUUGUGUAGUGGAUCAACGUAUUAAUAGUUAGUAACGUGUAUGUAAACAUAGUCAAUGUCUUUGUGUAUCAAAAAUAGUUGUGUAGUGGAUCAACGUAUUAAUAGUUAGUAACGUGUAUGUCAACAUAGUCAAUGUCUUCGUGUAUCAAAAAAUAGUUGUGUAGUGGAUCAACGUAUUAAUAGUUAGUAACAUGUAUGUCAACAUAUUCAAUGGCUUUGUGUAUCAAAAAAUAGUUGUGUAGUGGAUCAACGUAUUAAUAGUUAGUAACGUGUAUGUCAACAUAGUCAUUGUCUUUGUGUAUCAAAAAAUAGUUGUGUAGUGGAUCAACGUAUUAAUAGUUAGUAACAUGUAUGUCAACAUAUUCAAUGGCUUUGUGUAUCAAAAAAUAGUUGUGUUGUGCAUCAACGUAUUAAUAAUUGGUAACGUGUAUGUUAACAUAGUCAAUGUCUUUGUGUAUCAAAAAAUAGUUGUGUAGUGGAUCAACGUAUUAAUAGUUAGUAACGUGUAUGUAAACAUAGUCAAUGGGCCCUAUCUUGCACCCAGCGCAAUUGACUUUGUACACCGACGCAUGUGUCAUUCCUAUUUUGCACCCGCGCAAAGCGUAACUGUUGCAUCUACACAGAUGCAACAGUUAUUUUUGCAAAUCAUAAAUUGUUACACUAAAAAAAUAUUAUGACAUGAGAUGACGGAAAUUAUUGUAGUGUGCCACGAAGAUGUGAAAAAAUGGCGCAUUAGACCAGGGGCUCAUCUCCUGUUUCCAAAAUGCAUCACAAACUGCUUGAGAAAGCUGUUCUACAAUGAUAAUUGGUGAUGAAAAUAAAUUAUGUUCAAUAAGAUGUACUUGUGUUUACUUCCGCAUUAGCUAAGGGAUGAUUUGCGUUUAGGUGGUACUUGAGACUGGAAGAGCUCCUAUAGUACAUUUACAUUUAGUCAUUUAGCAGACGCUUUUAUCCAAAGCAACUUACAAAGAGUGAGGGAGCAACAAGCGAUGUGUCAUACAGGAGCCAUAAUACAUUAGGUGCCAAUACAAAGUUACUGGUUUCAACUAAAGCUAGACCACUACCUGUUGAGAGAAAGUGUUUUUUUUUAAACCAAUUACGCAUUGCACAAGGUGCAAACAACCUUAGUCUUGUCGAUGUUUCCAUUGGGAAGCUUCUUAAAAAUUAAUAUUCCCUGAAGCAAACCCGGCGGCUUCAUAGCUGCAUCCAUGUUAGCACGUCACGUUUGAUGCGGUAAUUUCACAGUAACGUUAUAUUGUGUUCAGACCAAACGCCAAUGGCGUGUCAAGCGCGAGUGAUUUAUGUGUUAAUGCAAAGAGGCGACAGACCUACUUGCGGCGCGAAUCGCGCGAAUGAAGCCCUGGUUAUGAGAGGAUGAGGCGGCGAGAAUGACGCGAAUCACGCGAGUUGAAAAAUCUCGUUCUCGCCCCCUACAGUGCAGUUAAGCUGGUAAACAUCCGCGCUAAAAUAUCACGGUGAAAGAGACCCAGCUCCCAACCCAACUUUGAGAAUAGAUUAACGGCGACAUUUUUUUAUCGCGCGAUAAGAGUCUCUUAACGGCCCACCACUACAAAUUAUUCAGGCAAAUUGUAGUAAUUAAGGAUCAGACCUGUUUGCCCAAUAGUGGCAAUAAGACAUAUACGUAUAUAAGGACAUCUGACAAAUUGGUUUGUUCGUCAAGAACCAGGAAAAAAAAUCGACUGAAAAACUGAAAAAACUGAAAGACUGAAAAAAAAAGACUGUGAAAUCACCUUUACCAUAAUGUAAGUACAUUAAAAAUCUUAGUCUUCAACUUACCAGUUAAGUUGAGCGUGCGCCUGGUAAAUACGCCAUAAUAAUAGCAAUUCAUAAUGGAACUUGCGCACCUGCUUUUAAAGGGAAUGUUGGAUGACUCUCUGAUUGGUUUAUUUCACGUUAUGCCCAAACCACACCUAUGAAUAAUGAAGCUACUUCAGACCAACCCAUUUUAGAUUUGCGCCGGUGUUGUGCCGAAAAAUGCACCCCUGCCAGAUUAAGCACCCCCUUCUAACACACGCUGUCUGAUUGGCUAAUUCUAACCACUCCCCUCCCCACACCUAAUCCUAACCCCUCCCCUAACACCUAAUCCUCACCCUAACCAAUGUGGGGAUGAGGGGGUGCAUAAUCUGGCAGGGGUGCAUUUUUCAGCAUAACACCGGGCGCAAGAGCCAUUUAUCCCGCCGGGAAAAUAACAACAGCGCCGAGACCCGCCCACAAAGUUACUUGCACUUCACGCUUUGACACUUGCGUUUCAGAUCAUUAAAAUAGGGCUCAAUGUCUUUGUGUAUCAAAAAUAGUUGUGUAGUGGAUCGACGUAUUAAUAGUUAGUAACGUGUAUGUAAACAUAGUCAAUGUCCUUGUGUAUCAGAAAAUAGUUGUGUAGUGGAUCAACGUAUUAAUAGUUAGUAGCCUAACGUGUAUGUAAACAUAGUCAAUGUCUUUGUGUAUCAAAAAAUAGUUGUGUAGUGGAUCAACGUAUUAAUAGUUAGUAACGUGUAUGUAAACAUAGUCAAUGUCUUUGUGUAUCAAAAAAUAGUUGUGUAGUGGAUCAACGUAUUAAUAGUUAGUAACGUGUAUGUUAACAUAGUCAAUGUCUUUGUGUAUCAAAAAAUAGUUGUGUAGUGGAUCAACGUAUUAAUAGUUAGUAACGUGUAUGUCAACAUAGUCAAUGUCUUUGUGUAUCAAAAAAUAGUUGUGUAGUGGAUCAACGUAUUAAUAGUUAGUAACGUGUAUGUAAACAUAGUCAAUGUCUUUGUGUAUCAAAAAAUAGUUGUGUAGUGGAUCAACGUAUUAAUAGUUAGUAACGUGUAUGUCACGUGUUUGUGUAUCAAAUAUAUUAAUCUAACAAUGUAUUAAUAAAAGCAGAAUAGUAAAAUUGUAGCAUGUUGAACAUGUGAAGCACAUUAUAAAUUACUUUUAAUUGUCUAAAGGAGACAUCACCUAAAAUGAUUAAAAUAAAACUUUAUUAGCUGAAUGUCAAUGACAUUUUCUGAUCUUCAUGUAUAAAUGACCAUAUCUCAUAAAGGGGUUGAAUUAUUGUGACUGAAAACCAGUUCUCAGUUUUUUUCCUCAAAAUGUUAAAUGUUUGAACAGUAGGGUUGGGGGCGGUUUCCCGGACAGGGAUUAGAUUAAGCCAGGACAUGUCCUACCCUGCCUUCAUGUGCUCUCAGAAAUUUGAUCUUUUCCAGGAUCAUCAUUCCCAUGAUUCCCAGCUGGUUGUGUUCACGUGCUUUGUUCUUUGAAUGAAAGAACCAGAUUAAUAUCUGCGUGUGUUUUGAGAAAAUGUUACAUAGCAAUAGUUUUCCUCCAUACAUCCUACUGUAUAGUUUUACAACACUUGCUGACACUUCUGGAAUGUUGGUGAAACACAGACUAUUUUCACUCUGUGCUUCAAAUGAUUAAUCUUUUGUAAACAUUCAUAAUUUAACAACAAGUCGAGACAAUGCAGAUGUUGCAGAAAAUCUAGUAUCACAGCAGAAAUCCUUCUUCAUCCGCCAUGUGAGGCCCGGAUCUCAGGAUACAUAAGAAACUUGUAUUUUCCGAUAAUUCUGUGAGCGUGUGAAGGCAGCAUUUGGUAACUUAGGGCAUUUAAGUGUUUUUACCAAACAUGCCUUACAAAAAAACAUCAAUAUGCAUUUUGAGACAAAACAAAGACCAUGUUCUGUUUUAAGAUGUGUCGGUGCAAGCUGUGUUUAGGUUAGACAGCUCUUACAUUUACUUUCAAUGUUACAAACCACCCAAAUAUGUUUCCACUUCAUUUGUUCUGGUCUGGUGUUUAUAAGGGAAAGGGGGAAAACAUUCAUUGGAAUUCUUUAGAGAGAAGACCCCCAAACAAAGCAUGUCAGUGUCUUGAGUUCUUUUCAUUCACACAACUGCUCGCUGAUAUACAUCUGAUGUUAUGAAAUAAUCAUGUUCUAUUUGGCUUAUAUUUGUGUAAAUGGCCUGAUAUUUUUAAUCUGACAAAUAAAAUGUUCUGACACUGUCAAAUAUUAA